GACCUCAUGGUAUAGAAUAUAGUAGGGAAGGUACAUGCCCCUACCAAUAUCCAGCAAUAAUUUUGAUCAACUCUCGUUCAAUACGCUGAAAGAUUAGUCUAUGUUCUCCUCCCUGAGAUGCCUCACAGUGGUUUGGUCUGCUGCCUACACCUUUUUCAGACCCUCAGCGACAUUUCUAAAACUCUCCUGCUGGGAGAUGUUUUUAUUGUCCCCACAAACAGUGACGGGAAAUAUUCCGUCCUCGCACACCUUCAUCAUUUAAGGAAGUUGUCGAAGUGCAGUAUUACACAACAACCUGACAUCUUCAGUGUGCAUGAUCCAGAUACAAACGCUGUUUUGGCAAAUUUCAGCAGAUUUUUAGACUAAGUCACUGUCGAAGAUGGAGCUGCCACCUCGUCCAACACUGUUUGACUUCCAUGGAGUCUCCAUGACCAAAUACUUCACUGACAACUGGGACAGCGUACAGAACUUCAAAGCCAGACCAGAUGAUAUUCUUAUAGCUACUUACCCUAAAGCAGGAACCACAUGGGUCUCUUACAUCCUGGAUCUUCUGUAUUUUGGGCAGACAUCUCCAGAGCGCCAGGCGUCCGUUCCUAUUGAAGUCAGAGUGCCGUUUCUGGAGCUCAGCAUAACGUUUCUAUCCUCAGGUAAAGACUUGGCAGACCAACUUCCCACCACUCCUCGGCUCAUUAAAACUCAUCUACCAGUCCAGUUUGUGCCCAAGUCCUUCUGGGAGCAGAACAGCAGGAUAAUCUAUGUGGCUCGUAAUGCAAAGGACAGUGCAGUGUCCUAUUUCCACUUUGGCCGCAUGAACAUUGCCCAGCCAGAACCAGGUGACUGGAGCACGUUUCUGCAGGAUUUCAUGGAGGGAAAGACGGUGUUUGGGCCGUGGUAUGACCAUGUGAACGGCUGGUGGGAGAAGAAACAGACAUAUUCAAACCUUCACUACAUGUUCUAUGAAGACCUGAUUGAGGACUGUGGACGAGAGGUAGACCACCUCUGUUCCUUUCUUGGCUUGUCUCCUUCAGCUGAGGAGAAGGAAAGAGUCACAAAUGGAGUGACGUUUGACAACAUGAAAGCAAACAAAAUGACAAACUAUUCCUCUGUCCCACUUAUGAAUCACAAGGUGUCUCCUUUCAUGAGAAAAGGGAAAGUUGGUGACUGGAAGAACCAUUUCACUGUGGCCCAGGAUGAACAGUUUGAGGAGGACUACAAGCAGAAGAUGAAGAAUCCUACACUGAAGUUUCGUACUGAAGUUUAAAGGCUUAAUGAAGAGUCCUGAACUGUGAUUCAUUUGAUGAUACUGAGUCAGAUGUUAUAUUUGAUUAUCAAAGAUAGUGUCUUAUUAGUGUGACAAGAUUGUCUUCAUUGUGACGUUGAAUGACAACUUUCAUAUUUAUCCAUUGUUGAAUCUUGUGAAUAACAGCUGUAAUCAAUAACAAUCUCUUGGAAAUAAUAUUAGCGUAUGUUUAAACAUGAACUGAUUUGUGAUCACUGUCGCCCUGGCUCGCUUCCCUACAGCGACAAGUAAAAUUCAUAAACUGUACCAGUGACUUAAACACUGCCCUUUCUAGUCUCCUUGAUUCAGUUGCAUCUCUUACAACUGUUCCUCUAAUAAAGAAAAUCAUGCGAGAAACAA